AUGCAAUACAGUCCUGGAAUAGAACCAGAUUUGGAUCAAGAUUAUUUUUCACAACAUGCAUACACUUCAAACUCUUUUAAUCAGCUAACUUUGGAAGAAACGAGUAACUAUCGUUCUCUUACUCCAAGUACGUUACCGGAAACGGGUAAUUUUCAACCUUUUUCUCCGAGAACUCCAGCCGAAACACUCAACUAUCGUUAUUACACUCGAAGUACGCCUGAUACUUCGGAUCUACUAAGAUCUUUACAAAAGCCGGAUGCUAUUUUUGAGCCAAAUGUUGUAGAUAUAGUAUCAAGUCUAGUUAGCGAAUCUGUGGAAAAUAUUGGACAAAUCUUUGGUUCUCUCUGCCACAGUUAUACUGGCGAGCCUUCAAAGAUUCAACUAUUAAGUGAUCUUUAUGAUGAAUUUGCGAGCUCGGAUACACAACCAAAAGCCGACUCAGUGUGCAAAGAUGCGUUGAUGAAUAUACUUUUAGAAAAAUAUGAUACUGUAAAAAUCGAUCAAGUAGUAAAAGACAAUAUUCAAGCUUUAAACCCCGUAAUACCACUAAUUCAAUCUUCAUAUUGGCGACGAGCUAUAUACGCUUUGUCAGAAAAAUAUCCAGAAGGCCAGUUUUUGAACAUUUUAAUUCGGAAAAUUGCUGAUGCAAAUUAUAUUAACGAAAUAAAACACCUUAAAUCAGCGUCAACAAAUAUUGAUGUGUUUUCUAAAGUUUUGUUAGAUCAAUUUGAUAAUCUAAUAACAGCAGAUGAGGCUGGAGUAUCACAAAGCAUGCCGGAUUUAAUCAAAACUGCCGUUCAGCAUCCACAUUCAUACCUUUUUGUUCAAGCAUUGAUUAAACACUUAUCUCAAGAACGAAAUGGUUAUCCAUUAAGGAAAUUAGCAAAAGAAUUAGAAAAAGGUGUUUCUAAUAACAAUAUGGAACUUGUUGAUAACUUAAGAAAUUUGAUAGCGGCGCCACCACAACCAAUUGCGCAGUCUAUUUUACGUAUUCCACCGACGCCUGGAGAUAUAGUAAAUUUACACAAACAAUAUUCACAAGAACCGUUACCUUCACCUAUAUAUCUAAGAGAUCCGCAGUUACUUUGUAAGAAUGAAAACUGGCUGUUAAAUAAUGCAUUUGUACCAUCAGAGAAAACCUUAAAUUUGAAGCAAGAUCUUAAGGAAAAGUAUCUAUAUCUUGCAGCUUAUGCUGCCUCUGCAGAAGAACGAGAUGAUGGAACAAUAGAUGACUCUAGAGUUAACACGACAUUUGAAACACUCAAGAAACUCCAAGCCACUUUAUCAAGAAAAGGUGUUAUAGGUCUUGAAUUUAAUUCUAUUGUAAAAGACCUUUUGAUAUAUAUUGAUACGCCAAUAGCAUCAAUGGCAACGAUUUUCUGGAUAAAAUACAUUUUACGGGAAACAGCAUAUUACGAGAAGCAUUUCAAAACCAAUGAAGUGCCGUUACCGCAUUACGUAUUGGAAGAGAUUGCCUUCCGACAUCAAUAUCAACGGUUUCACGUCUUUAAUGCAUACAAAGCGGAAUUAGAGUCAUCUACUAGAUUCACUCCAGAAGUAAUGACGGCGCUUCGGAGACAGUUAAUGGAACGUAUGGCUUACCUCGUUCAAAUUGGAUUUGUAAUGCAAGUAAUGACGUAUGUAGAGAAAAAUCUUAGCAGAUUAGACGAAAAGCUGGUUAUCACUGCAUGUGGACCACCUUAUUCCGAAGAAUUUUAUAUUUCAAUGUUGAAAUUAAUUGAUUUUGCAAAGGUUCAAUUAGACUCUCAACUUGAUACACGACCAAUGAUUGUGCAAUUUUUUG